UGGCAAGAGAGUGGGCUGCGGCGGCGGUGGUGGUGGUGGUGGUAAUGGGCAUGGUGGGCGUGGUAGUGGGUGAAGACACGCCCACGCCCAACCCCGCCCACGCUGAGGUCACGUGGGCGGGAGGGGCAGAUGAAUUAAUUGGUGAUACUGUGCAGGGGUACAGUUUAGCAGACGCGGCGCCCUCAUAUGCUGAUCCACAACUGCUGAGGGCCGUGAUGAGGCAGGCUGAUCAGGCGGACUUCAGGUACCCGCCCGUGACCACAGCCCCGCCCGGAGGAGAGGGAAAGAAAACGGAACUGAACAGUGAAGACCUACUAAACAUUAUCGUGGGCGGCGUCAGGUUUGGUCCGCCGCCUUCUACGCCCACGCCCACGCCAGGCCGCCCACCCCGCCCACGCCCUCCGGUCAUUUCCAAGGGGUAUGCUAGUAUGAGUAUUCAAGGACAUCUGUCUAACCACAAAAAGGAGGAGGAGGAGGAGGAGGAGAAGGAAGAGGAGGAGGUGGUGAAGAAAGAAGAGGAAGAGAAGAGGAAGAAGGAUAAGAAGAAGGAAGAGUUUGGAAGAAGAAGACCUGGUGUGAUUUAUAAGCGUGUUUCUUCCUCUUCCUCCUCCUCUUCCUCUCCUCCUCCUCCUUCUACUACUACUACUACUACUACUACUACUACUACAGCUCCUCCACCUCCUCCUUUACCUCCUUUCACCUCUUCUUCCUCUCUUCCUCCAUUAAUAUCUUCUACCUUACCUCCUCCUCCUCCUCCUCCUCCUCCUCCUCCUCCUCCUCUUCCUCCUCCUCCUCCUCUUCCCAAGCCACAACAAGAUACAGCUUCAGAACAAGACCCGCCCCACACCCAUCCACGCCCACCUCACGCCCACACUCCGCCCACCUGCCAUUCCGCCCACACACGCCCACAUUCACCCACACUAAGCCCAGUAGAAAGACAAGUAUCACGCCCACGGACAUUCCAGCCCAACCUAACCCGCCCACGCAGCCAGCCAGCAUCCCGCCCCUCAGAUACACCCAUCGCCCAUCCGCUACCACGCCCACGACCACGCCCACGCCCACUACCACGCCCACACGCCCACCCACAGUAAGAAUUCAUCACCUCCCCACUUCUAAACGACCAACCCCGCCCACUACUACCAGUCCCACGCCCACUACAACCCCAGUCACGCCCACGACCCAAACCUCACGGCCAACACUCCCUAUCCGUACCCACGCCCCUGCCCCGCCCACCACGCCCACGCCCAAGACACCCACGCCCAAGAUCCAGCCCCGCCCCGUUGGCAGCCCCGCCCCGCCCCCGUUCCGCCCUUCCAAACUAGACCCCUACCUCCCCUCCCGCCUCCCGCUGCCCCUCACGCCCACGCCCCGCACCCCUGCCCUGCCUCCCCCACCCCCUGCGCCCCCUAUCCGAAGGCUCCACGCCCCACCCCAGUUUCCCGGCCCCGCACUCCCCCCUUCCCCCUCCCCCGCCGCGCCCCAGAAUGUAAAGAUGCGCCCCAAGCCUUUAUUCCAAGCCCCGCCGCCCCCCGCCCCCGGCUUCCUGCCGCCCCCGCCCACGCCCGCAGCACCUGUCCAACUUCACGGCCCGCCCCAAGUCCCUGUACUCCCGCCCGCGCCGCCCGCAGCCUCUCUCCGCCCACAGGUCACGUCUGCACCGCCCGCAGCCCCUCUCCGCCCACAGGCUCCGCCCGCGUUGCCCAGGCCGCCCACGCCCCUCGUGGCCCCCGCGGGUGAGCGCCCUGUGUUCCCAGCCCCGCCUCGUCGUCCUGUCCGCCUGCCCCGCCCCCCGCCGCCCCACCCCGCCCCCACCCUUGAGGACAACGCCAUCCCACCGCGCCGCCAUGACAUCCUCAGGCCCCCGCCCCCCCGCGCCCCGCUGCUGGGCCUCUUCGCGCCGCCCCCAGUCAACAGGCGGCGGGGGGAGACGCUCCCAGCCCAGGGCCCCGCCCGCUACCAGCUGAGCUUGGGCCCCGACCCCGCCCACACCCGCCAGGUGGUGGUGCUCGGCCCCUUCCCCCGCCCUCCCCCAGGGGCGCCUCCCAUCAGGCUGCCUGACCCCGCCCUGCUGCCCCCGCCCCUGGCCGCCGGUCCCGCCACCUCCACCACCACCACCACCACCAUCACCGCCACGCCCACAUCCACGUCGGAGGGCAAGAAGGUGGCCAAGCCGCCCGCCACGCCCAAGAAGGCCGUGGGCAAGAAGAGUGGUGGGGCGGGCGUAUCGGAGCUGGUGGGCGGCGCGGUGGACGGCCCCGUCAGCAGGCAGGACAAGGAGGCGCUGGUGGCGGCGCGGCUCAGGUUCCCCCCAGGCGUAGGUGGAGUGGACAGGGCGGGGGGCGGUCCCCCCCCUCAUCCCCGUGCCCGUGCCCCUGGCCAUGCCGCCCCCGCCGCCGCCGCCGCGCCCACAGCUGGCGCGCAGGGUACUGGCGCCCACCACCACGGACGCGCCCAACACCCUCUGGUCCCUGCUGGGACUUGGGACACGCCCACACCCACCUCCGCCUCGCACCAAGGCCAAGCGUCGCCGCCCCGCCCAGCUGGCCCGCCCGUCCUCCACCACCACGCCCACCACCACCGCCUCCACCUCCACCUCCACCACCACCACCACCACCACCACCCCCGCCGCCCACCACCGCGGCACGCGCGCUGAGCCCAGUGUACCGCCACGCCCCGCACCACCAUGCCCAGCACCACCACCACCACCACCACCACCACCACCAGCAGUAGCGCCGCCGGACCGCGCCCCCAGGCCCUGAGCCACAUCCCCGACGCGCCGCUGGACCUGGGGUCGUUCCGGCCGCCCGUGCUGGACGAGGCGUCGUACAGCGGGUGGGUGGCGGUGGGCGGCACGCACAGCCCGCCCAAGGAGCCCGUGGUGUCCUACGUGCAGGAGAACACGCCCGAGGUGCCCACCCUCACGCCCACGCAGGACAAGGUGGAGCGGCGCAUGGGCGUGGCGGGUGUGGUGGGUGGCGGGCGUGGGCUGGUCAAGUACACGUCGCGCCUCAACGUGGAGGCGCCCGACGUGGUCAAGAGCUACUGGAUGCAGGCGCCCUCACUUGCCUAGACUCCCACACCCCCACGCCUCGCCCAUAGCGAGGGGUACAAAGUAGCGCACACUGGCCCGGGGGGAGAGACAUCCCGCCCAAAGCCUCCUUAUCACAGCAAAAACCGCCCAAAACAGCCCAGUACCACUAAAAAUAACACCAAAAAAACCGCCCAACACACUUAGAAAGACCUGAAAACAGCCCAAUACUCUCCAAGUCCCAGAAACCGCCCAACAUCCUCCACCAGACCCAAAAUUCUCCCAAAACCACUCAAUAGCCCAAAAAACCGCCCAAUAGCCUCCAACAGCCCAAGAUUCGCCCAAUACCCUACAGACGCCCCUGGAACCCUAUAAGGAACUAACUAUGGACUGAAAGGUGCUUUGCCACGUGACCUGAACACUGACCUUCGUGUGCUGUGCUAGUGAAGAGAGGAGGAGAGGGAAGGGGAACAGGAAGUGGGAGAGAGAGAGAGGAGAAGGAGAGAGAGAGAGAGGAGAGAAGGAAUAGACAGUUAAGAAUGAAGGGAAGAAGAAAAAAGGAAGAAAGGAAAGCAGGAAAAUAAUGAAUGAAUGAAAGAAAGAAAGGAAGGAAGGAAGGGAGAAAGAAAUAAAAGAAGUUGGGGAGGAAAAUAGAAGAAAAAGGAAAAGAAGAAAAAGAUUAAUAGAAAGAAAACAAUACGAAAGAA